UGGGUUUCCGAGUCCCGGCCGCUCCAGCGCACAGUUCCGGAGUGGAGGGAGGAAGUCCCAUCCCGGCUGCCAGGUUCCCCCCUCCUCUCUCCGUUGCGCUUGCGAGGAGCGCCUAGGCUCUUCUUCCUCCGCCCCUCCUGGGAGGCAGCUCGGGACCGCAGGACUUGACUCCCCGCCCCUCACUCUGAGAGGGGGAGGAGCGAGGGAAAAAGGCAUCUUGUUCUCACAGCUGCAGGUUGCCCAACCGAGGGCAUUUAUUUGUUUUUUGGGGAGCAGAGUGCACGCCAGAAAACCCAGGUGUGUUUGGAAUAACAUAGCAUUUAACACAACAAGGAACACUUUUACGGAUAACAAAAAAUAGCAUUAAAAAUUAAAAGCAAUUACUUUCCGAUUUAAAAAAAUUGUUUGGCCCACGUUUUCCAUGCUCUCACAAGGGAUCCGUCAGAGCUGCUGAAGAGGCAGCAGCGAUAUUGUACGACCCUGAGUCAAGGCAUCAGAUCAAACUCAAUCUGGACGUCCUCACAUGCUGCCAGACCCUGGAAUUGCAGAGAAGAAUGGGAGAUGGGCCCUGCCCUGAUGAACUCACAGUUACCUGCUGUUAACCGCUGUCUGGAAACAGAUGAUCUUCCUCUGAUCUAUGGACAGAAGGCCAAGGGUAGCCUGAUGCUAUAUCACAACACCAUUAUUCACCUCACUUCAUCUCAUCACAUGAGCAUCUUAUCAUCUCACAUCAUCACAAGAGGAAGAAGGAAAGGAAAGCUGAAUAUUCUCCUGCUUAAACCUGAUGCCAGAAAGAAUUCCACCCCCAUUCCUCUCUGCUGUUCCCUGCACCCACCACUCCAGCCUGAAGCCAGAGACCACGCUGUUUCUCUCCUGGCUCCACCUCUGAGCGGCUGCAGCAGUCUCUUGAGGAGCUUGCUAAGGCUCAGCCUAUUCUGCUGAACGUGAGGAACGUGUCAUCUGCCGUCUGCUUGAGCGGUUGUGAAGAUUCAGCAUGGUAAUGUGUGUAAAGUAUGAACACACUGCUGGACACAAGCAGACACUCAUGAAAUACUCACAGUUGUUAUUCCACUACUGAUGUGAGCGGGUUCCUCAGCUAAUAGACGAGGGAGUUUCAAAGGGGUGGUGAUGGGUACUGAGUGUGUUCAAUGUCGUGACAGAGGAGAGAAAAAUGAGCACUGAGAACAGACACAGACCACAUGGUCAGUGCAGGUGGCAUGCUUUUUCUCCAGCAGAGGGCAGCUGUGGGGAGAGAAGAAGAUGGGCCUUCCAGAAGCUUCUCUCUUCUCUUACAAAUAUUUCCCAAACAGCCCCUCAUUCAUUGCAGAUGAUUAUGUUCCUUGCCUGAAGCUGAGCAAUCCUUUUCAGAGUAUCUGUCUAGCGACCUGGCAUUUCCCUGUCACUGCACAGGUAAACCAGUAGGAUGUGUUUGGGGGGUAAAAGUAAUAUUGUAACUGAAAUCUGACUGGGCUCCCCAGGCUGGUUCUGCUGUCAUCCCACACCUCAAGGCCAAGGUUAUGUAGCCAUACCUUUUAAAAAACCCCAAACCCACUGAAAAGCAUCCCCUAAAUAAUGUGGAUAAAGUUUCAGGGAGAGAAGAAGGAAAAGGUUCCACUGACAUCACACCCGCAGACAUUUAAAAAAAUCCAUCAUAACUGCUGGUGAGAAUGCAAACUGGUGUAGCCACUCUGGAAAACAGUAUGGAGUUUCCUCAAAUAA